UUGCUCUAUAAAAAGGCAAGGCAGCUGAGUCCAAAACCUCCACAGCCACUUGGGUGCAGUCAAGGAGUGACACCAGGCAACACCUAUCUGGAAAUCUCCAGAGAAGGAAAACACCAUGAAACUUGCCCUCCAAGCCACGCUGUCCUUUGGGCUGCUGGCACUGUGCCUUGCAACAUCCCCAGUAAGAUGGUGUGUAACCUCAGACCCUGAGCAAGCAAAAUGUCGCAGACUGCAUGACUGCUUCAGCGGCCAACAAUCUGAGAACUUGUCGCAAUUAAGCUGUGUGAAGAGGUCUGAUGCCCAUGACUGCAUAAAGGCCAUUGCAAACAAUGAGGCCGACGCCAUCACACUGGAUGGAGGGCAUGUUUUUGAUGCAGGCCUGGCCCCUUACAACCUGAAGCCCAUUGUAUCUGAAGUCUAUCCCACAAGUGGAGGAGAAACUGUUACCAGCUACCGUGCUGUGGCUGUUGUGAAGAAAGGAAUGGUCGAAUCGCUUGCUGAUCUCAGAGGGAAGAAAUCUUGCCACACAGGCUUAGGCCGAUCUGCUGGCUGGAAUAUUCCAAUAGGGUCAAUGGUGGCUAAACAAUACAUAGACUGGAAAGGAGCAGAUACAGAACCAUUAGAAAAAGCUGUGGCCAGAUUUUUCUCAGCUUCCUGUGUUCCUGGUGCCUCUGAACCAAGUCUGUGCCGCUUAUGUGCUGGGGUAGGCAGUGAGAAAUGUUCCAGGAAUGAUCCUUACUCUGGAUAUUCGGGAGCUAUGGAUUGUCUCAAGGAUGGAGUUGGAGAAGUGGCCUUUGUGAAAGAUGCAACAGUAUUAGCUCUCAGUCCAGAAGAGAGGAGCAAGUAUGAGCUGCUCUGUGAUGAUGGCACCAAGAAACCUAUUGAAGAAUAUGAGACCUGUAACCUGGCUAGCGUUCCUGCUCAUGCUGUGGUGGCAAGAAGUGUGGAUGGUCGGGCAGAUGAGAUCUGGACACUCCUUUCUAAUGCCAUGGAACAGUAUUCCAAGCACAAGCAAGACCAGUGCCGGCUGUUUGGUCCCGCUGAGGGUACCCUCAAAGAUCUCUUGUUUAAGGAUUCUGCUGUUGAUCUUCGCCGGGUCCCUGAUCUUAUGGAUACUCAUUUGUUCUUGGGGAACCAGUAUUAUACUUCUUCUCAGAGUCUCAGAAUGGAGAGAGUUGUUCCUGGUCCUGACACAACAAACAGAAUUGUGUGGUGUACUAUAGGCAAGGCUGAGAAGACAAAGUGUGACUUGUGGAGCACAAUAAGCAAUGGUGCCAUUGAGUGUGCUGUGUCAGAUAGUACAGAAGCCUGCAUCAUCAAGAUCCUAAAAGGUGAAGCUGAUGGCAUAAGCUUGGAUGGAGGGCACAUCUACACAGCAGGAAAGUGCGGUUUGGUUCCGGUAUUGGCAGAAGUCUACCCCCCUGACAAUGCUCCUUGUGCACAUCCAGAACUUGACUCAACAGUUAAGGGCUAUACUGCUGUAGCUGUGGCCAAGGCAUCUGAUCCUACAGUCACAUGGAAGACCCUAAAAGGAAAGAAGUCUUGUCACACUGGGGUUGGUAGAACUGCUGGCUGGAAUAUACCCGCAGGCUUGAUUUCCAAGGAAAAUGAUCAGCUUUGUGACUUCAGUAAAUUCUUCAGUGAAGGCUGUGCCCCUGGAUCACCAAUUGACUCUCCACUGUGCAAACUGUGCAGGGGCAGUGGGGGUUCAGGCAGUCUCCCUGACAAACAGAAAUGUAAACCUAACAGCAAUGAGAUUUACUACGGCUAUAAUGGUGCUUUCCGGUGCUUGAUUGAGGUAGGAGAUGUAGCCUUUGUUAAACACACCACAGUUGCUGACAACACAGGAGACAACAAACCGGCUUGGGCCUCUAACAGCAGACCUGAAGAUUUUGUAUUGCUGGCGCUCAAUGGUGACCGUUGUCCAGUUAGUGAUUACCAAAGAUGUGGUCUGGCCACAGUUCCCACUCAUGGAGUAGUAACCCGAGCUGACAAAGCAGAGGUUGUCAGGCGUGUGCUGCUUGUACAACAGGAACGGUAUGGAAACAAUGGAUCUGAGAACGACGUCUUCCAGUUGUUCCAAUCUGAUACCAAAGACAGUUUGUUCAAAGAUGGUACCCUGUGCUUGGCUACUCCCAAAGAAAAGACCUAUGAAGCCUAUCUUGGCCAGCAGUACCUGGAUUCUGUGGAUGGAGUUAAGCAGUGCGCACCUUCAGAACUCCUUAAGGUCUGCCAGUUUCACCAGUAGGAUAUAUUAUGAACUGCAACUCCAAGCAAUUAAGAAGAAAACUUGGGACGUUUCAUUCUUUCUUGUCUGGACUUCUGUCCUAUUUGCUCUUUUCUCCUUAAUAUUGCAACAGAACGUUUGAGCUUCUCUUUGCAUGGCUUUCAACUCUGAUGUCACUAGGGCAAAAUAAAGAAAAGUAACAUUCUCAAUUA